GCAAAUCUAUUCCAAAUAAGCAAAACAUAGCUCCUGCGCCCGACUUUAGUUAACAACGCAUUACGCAUGUAUGCAAAACCAGGCACCUUGGAACUCAUAUAUCAUCCGAUUCAUCACCCAAAACAACACACACCCCACAUAAACAAGGUAUACAAUUUUUUGUAGUAUGGAAGGCAUAGUAGUUAGAAGAGUUAUCCCCUCAGACAAUAGUUGCCUGUUCAAUGCAGUCGGGUAUGUUAUGGAUCAUGACAAACAAAAAGCUCCUGAAUUGAGACAGGUCAUAGCUGCAACAGUUGCAAGUGAUCCAACUAAAUAUUCUGAAGCAUUUCUUGGUAAACCAAAUGAAGAGUAUUGUGUUUGGAUUCUCAACCCAGAGAAGUGGGGAGGUGCUAUAGAGCUUUCAAUAUUAGCAGAUUAUUAUGGACGUGAAAUUGCAGCGUAUGAUAUCCAGACUACAAGAUGUGAUUUGUAUGGUCAGGAGAAGAACUAUUCGGAAAGGGUUAUGCUGAUCUAUGAUGGGCUUCACUACGAUGCUUUAGCUAUGUCUCCAUUCGAGGAAGCCCCAGAGGAGUUUGAUCAGACUAUAUUUGCUGUUACAAACAAGACCAUUGGGGCAGUGGAGGGCCUCACUCUUAAACUUGUGAAAGACCAACAAAGUAAAAGGAGCUACACAGACACUGCCAACUUCACUCUGCGUUGUGGGGUGUGCCAAGUUGGACUCAUCGGCCAGAAGGAGGCUGUAGAGCAUGCAAAGGCGACUGGCCAUGUCAACUUUCAAGAAUACAGAUAACAGAAGCUGUGUACAACAAACCAAAAUUGUCCCAUUUCAGUGAAGUGAGAUUUCUCAUUUCCUUGUAAUUCAAUUAUUGAUUCAUGUUGGGCCAAAUAUGACAGAUAAGUUGUAAUAUACUGUGAGUGAUUUAUUCUGGGUGUGGGAAAUGGAAAUGGGAUAUGUAUGUUAUACCAUACCAUAAUACCAAAAAUAAAAACAAAGAAAAGGAAAGUGUUGUAUUUGGUGUACCCAUCAUUUUGUGGGAUCAUCUUAUCUGGUCUACUGGAUAUAUUUUCCCUGAAUCUGCCUUACAUUGACCAAAUAUAUUUGC